AUGUCGUCACCGAUCGAAACUCCGAUUAUGGAUGUUCUUGACCGAAUCGAACCGAUGGAUGUAACUACAUCUUCGAAUAAUGGCCAGAUAAAAUACUUGUACCCGUUGUACAUGGCACAUUCAUUCCUCUCGACGUGUCGGCUUGUCAGCAGUAUCAAAUGCCAACAGCACAAUGCAAAAGCCAGGGGAGCAUUGCUAAUGCGCGAUACCGAAACGAACGGAUUAGUUGCACUGGCCGUAUGCCGGAAAUGCUCUAGAGACGGACAAAUGCUGAAUCAGAAUGAUCGAAUGAUCAAGCCAAUCAAUGACCAAAUUCUUCACAAUGUUUGGGAAACGCUAGUCAAUCUGUUGUUGCAUUCUCAUAAUGGGCUCAUAGGAGUCACUGGCAUGUUAUACAACUGGGAUGUUUUGAGAGAAAAGAUUAAAACGGAUGAAACGAGAAUCGAUCGUGAAGAACAUGCAAGCAACGAAGAAGCUGGCAUGAUGUACGGUGACGACAGAUCUCUAGACAAGGUCUUUUUCUACUAUGGCAUUGUCAAGUUCAUUCUUGGCGAGUACGCGUGCUAUAAGCACAAUGAGCGUAUCAUCUUUGGCAUUGCAAUUCGAGAUAAACUGUUUGAUCGCCGCUUCAUUAUUCCGUUUUGCCAUGGUUGUCUCGGAAGAUUCGAACCAACGCAUAGCAAACUGCCAGAGGAUCUCCUAUUUGCUGUCAGACUCGCACACUUUCGCGAUGACGAUAAGCCAAUUCGCGAAUGGUUCCAAGACAAAAGCAAGUUUUGGAAAGAUUACUACGGAAACAGAAUGGAAUAA